GUUCAGCAACAACGACCCACAGGCAGCUCACCUACUGCACCAGACAGGCUCUUGACGACACGUAAAACACCAGCGUCCGCUGAUACGUUUGCUCAUUUCCUGCGCGUCUCUAUCGCGGCACUAAUUUUGGGGAGAGAGCUUAAAAUCACGGCAGCUUCGACGAGUGCCCCCCCAUCCCCCCCCGGGACCGCGACAUCUACAAGAAACAAACGAUCUUUUCGAGAUCACGCACGAUCGGGCGCUCGUCAAACAAACACUAGUCCAAAAGCACAAGACGCCAGCCGUUUCCCCGGGCAAGGAGGUUCACGAUUCAAGCAGGAAACUUACGAAAACCAAAGGCCAUAAGAGACGUCUCAGAAAAACAAAGAAAGACGACCUUCGAGAUGUCAGAGGGACCCUUCGUCGCCAUCGCGCGCGGCCUUCACGACUUGUGGGAGAGCUUUCUCGUCGGGCUGGGCUCGUUGUACUACAAGGUCCUUGGUCGGCACUAGUCUUUGUGUGGUCCAACUGCAUCUAGCCCACCAGACUCGCCUUCCCAUGUCGUCUCGCAUCCCGCGCCGGCCUCUUCAAGGGGUCUAUCUCUGAAACCCGAGCCUUGCCAUAAUGGAAGUCGAGGAGCACGAACACCAGCUUUCGAUGCCGACAUGGGAAGUGAUCGGUUGGUCGUUCAUCAUGUCACAACGAUCGCGCGCGCGCGGCCUACAUCGUGGGACUCGGCUAAGGCGAAUGAGCUCUUGUUCCGUGUCGGGUUCAUGGGUCGUCGACGAGAUAUAUCGAUAAGCAAUGCAGAGGGAGGAGGAGGCCAGCGGGAUACCGGAGGCGACGACGACCGUGAAUUUUCUUUCCCUUCUGGAAGAUGUGGAUGCCUACCACCUGGUCGCACACACAUUUGGCGGAGACGCCGAUUUGGUCGAUGCAGCCUAGUAAUUCAGAAGCAGAGUUCCAUGUUGGGAGGAUCUUGGGUGACCCUAGCUCGAAACUGGAUGCUGUGGGCGGUUCUUCUGCACCAGCAGUGGAAGUUGCUGGCUCACGAGGAACAAGUGGUGUGCGAAAGGGUAACGAGUGGUUGGGGAUUGAACCUGCUGCGAUUCGCAGAGGUCAUCGUUGCGCUGAGCGGUCUUGGGGGGCAAAUCAAGUCAAUUUGAGGCCUAGACCUGGGCAUCUGAAAGACGUUGUUGAGCUUCUUGCGCGACAUGUUAAUGAAUACGAGC